AAUGAUGUCACUCGUCAUCACUUUCCAUCUCUUCCCAUCAGCGAACCAUAGGACCCUCCCGCUUACCGACGGUUUUUGACCAAGAUCUGUAUUCCAGGGAUGAAGGGGCGGGAUCCCAUGACGUUUGAUAGUCUGGGAGGAGAGGAGCCUUGGAUAGAUGAGCUCCGACGGUAGAGUAGCUGUUUUUGCCCGGAGAACAAUUUUUAUAUAAAGAGCUAUGAGGACCCGCGUUGGGAUCCCUUUUCAACAUCAAUAAUCCUCUCAAGUUAAAUUCAUCGAGCACUACCAAUCCAACAAUCUUACUGCUUAAAGAAAAGAAAAGCUUUUUCCCCCAAACAAACGUCAAUCAACAUGUCUGACACUUACCGCAAAGACUUCUCUACCCAGGCCAAGGAGGAAGCCGUUCGUUUUUCCCCACCUUCUUCUUCUGCUGCUCCCCACCGUUAGCGCGCCUAGCUGAUUAUAAUAUCCACAGAUGCCCGACUCCUCCAAGUCCACCAUGGACCGUGUCAAAGAGAGCAUCACCAACACCACUGAUAGGGCCGCCGCCGGCCUCCAGAGCGACCACCACAAGGGGAAUGCACAGGAGGCUUUCGACAAGACGCGCCGCGAGAAGGACCACCAGGAGGACCAUAGCGAAAGCCUUUUGGACAAGGUUUGUCUCAUACCGCUAGAUGUGACGAAUAGGGGGCUAAUGGAUCUGCCAUUAGACCAAGCACGCCCUCGGCGUUGACAAGCACUAAAAACGUGCGAGCAGCAAUCUAUCUGUAACGAAUGAGCCUUUGGGUUCCAGGAGUUCUUGGGGAUAUGUAUGAUGGAUUUGAAAUGUGCGAUUGUGUUGGGUUGGCGGGAUCUUACCUUUGCUAGGUUUUAAUAUGAUAUCUGUUUCGAAGAAUUGGUUUCCCGUG